GCCUGCGUAACGGGGACCGACGUCAUCGCGCACGGCAACGCCCCGACGUCAUCGCCAAGAUGUCGACCGCCAUGAACUUCGGCGGCAAGAGCUUCAGGCCGCAGCCGCCAGAGCGCGGCUCCUUCCCUCUCGACCACCUGGGUGAAUGCAAAGAAUUUAAAGAGAUAUUUAUGAGUUGUCUUAAGGAGAGUAAAUUUGAUAGCUCUUUGUGCAGAGAACAAUCCAUGGACUAUUUGAAAUGCAGAAUGGACAGACAGUUGAUGACCAAAGAGCCUCUGCAAAAACUGGGCUUCAAAGAUCUUGUGGAUGAUAAGUCAGCAGAACCGCAUCAGCAUACAUAACAGGAGCAUUGACUAUUAUAUCUACAAAUUGAACUAAAGAUGGGGCUUCUUCCAUAGCAAUUCUGUAUAUAUUGUAAAAUAUGUUUCUGUACAAUAAACGAGCGAUUAAAGAGUUAAAAAAAA